CUCACAUGCAGUGAACCCUGACCAUAUUAACUCAUGCAGUACAGAAAGGAAAGACUGCAGCAUGGAUCAAGUUCUAACAGCACCUGUAUUAAUUGGAGUAUCUAUAGUGGUGAUCACGGUAUUGUUCCUCAUCCUGAAACCCGGAAGCUCUGAUGGAGGACGAAAGCAGAGCAAGUUUCCAAAAACCUUGCAGGAUCCAAAUGUGAAAUAUCCAUUGCAACUCAGAGACAAAGAGGAAAUUACUCACGACACCAAAAAAUUCCGCUUUGGUUUACCAUCCUCCUCUCACGUCCUUGGUCUGCCAAUCGGUCAGCAUGUUUACCUGUCUGCAAAGGUGAAUGGGAACCUGGUUAUUCGUGCAUACACACCCGUGUCCAGUGAUGAAGACCAGGGAUUCGUUGAUCUAGUUGUAAAGGUCUACUUUAAAAACUCUCAUCCAAACUAUCCUGAUGGAGGCAAAAUGUCUCAGUACUUGAAUGACAUGAAGAUUGGAGACACCAUUGAUUUCAGGGGACCAAAUGGGUUGCUGGUAUACAAUGGAAAUGGACAGUUUGCUAUCCGACCUGACAAGAAAUCUGAUCCCAAAGUGUCGAAGUUUAGACAUGUGGGCAUGAUUGCUGGUGGAACAGGCAUAACCCCAAUGCUGCAGUUGAUUAGGAGCAUAACAGCAGAUCCAUCUGACACCACCAAGUGCUCCCUUAUAUUCGCCAACCAAACUGAGAAGGACAUUUUGUUACAGAAGGAGCUGGAAGUUGUUCAUCAAAAUCAUCCUGAUAGACUCAAUCUGUGGUACACACUGGACAAGCCUUCAGAAGGGUGGAAAUACAGCAAAGGGUUUGUUGAUGCUGACAUGAUAAAAGGCCAUCUCCCGCCUCCGGCCAAUGACGUACUCAUCGUGAUGUGUGGCCCACCCCCUAUGAUCCAGUAUGCAUGCCUGCCAAGCCUUGACAAGCUGGGCUACAAAACAGAGAACACUUUUGCAUAUUGAGUUUUUGGUCACUGAUUUACUGUAUGUGUUUGGCAAGCAUGUAUAACAACUUUUGUGGUUUACAUCUUUGAUGCACAAUGUAAAAUUUCAGAUGUAGUUUUAAUAAUAAACCAUUUUUAAUACCUGAU